AUGAACCCCGCACGUCCCCUCGCCCAGGCCGUCGCAUCAUCGACCCAGUCCGCAACAGCAGCAGCAGGCGCCACAGCUGCCCGCACAACGCCCAGGCGCCGCGUCCGCCCCUCGGCCUCGUCCUCCUCGGCAACAACCCUCGUCCCGCCCUCGCGCGACCUCAUCGGCCCGCCGUGCCCGCUGUCCAACCUGCGCCCGGUCUACUACGCCCCCUUGUUCCCCUCGCUCCACGCCGUCGCCUCGCCCUCGUCCUCGUCGACCCCGUCCUCGUCACGCGCCGCCCACCCGUACUCGCUCUCCGAGUUCCCGACCGCGUCCCCUUCCUCGUCGUCCUCGUCGACCUCGUCCGCGCGCGCCAAGAAGCUCGCGCGCCUGCGCGACGUCCAACACGAGCUCGCGACGGCCGACCUCGCGUGGCGCCUCGCGCGGUACCGCCUCGACGCCUUCAACCAGGCUUUUUGGGCCCGCCACAACGCCGAGUUUCUCCGCCAGCGCGACGCCUUCCUCAGCCGGCAGCAACAGCAGCAACAGCACGCCUCGUCGCACGAGGUUGGCGCAGCAGGCGAGCCCGGCGCGGCAGAGGCGUACCCGCCCGGCCCGAGCGCCGCCCUGUCGCCCGUCGCCGGCGGCGCGUCCGACGUCGCGCUCGCGUCCUUUUACGCCGCGUACCUCGAGCACACGCGCGCCGACUAUGCGCGGUACAACACGCAGCUGUGGCGCAUGCAGGGCGCGCUCCUGUGGCCCGCCGUGCGCGCCGAGGCGAGGCGGUGGCGCUGGAGGUGGGAGUGCAGGAGGGCCGGCGUCAAGCCGCACGAGGUGUGA